AUGCAGGUCCAGAAAUCUCAGCUGCACGUUCCCUACGCCGAGCACUUCAGGCUGGAGCCGCUCCUGCAGUACCACCGCGUCAUCAGCUUGGAGGACUUCAUGGAGAAGCUGGCGCCGGUUCACUGGCCUCCUGGCAAGCGAGUGGCUUACUGCUUCGAAGCGGCGGCUCAGAGAAGCGCCGACAAAAGCUCUUGUCCCAUGAAGGAUGGAAAUCCAUUUGGUCCCUUCUGGGACCAGUUCCAAGUGAAUUUUGAUAAGUCUGAGCUCUUCAAGGGAAUUUCCUUCAGUUCUGCGUACAAGGACCAUUGGAUCCAAAGGUUUUCACCAUCUGAGCACCCGGUACUCGCCUUACCUGGAGCUCCGGCCCAGUUCCCCGUCUUAGAGGAGCACCGACCCCUCCAUAAGUAUAUCGUGUGGGCUGAUGAAAUGGUGAAGAAAGGAGAAGCCUAUAUUCACUCUCUGCUGGUCAGGCCCUACGUAGGAAUUCAUCUGAGGAUCGGCUCAGAUUGGAAAAAUGCUUGCAAUAUGUUAAAGGACGGGACAGCCGGGCCGCACUUCAUGGCUUCACCUCAGUGCGUGGGCUACGACCGAAGCGCUGCGGUCCCUCUUACCAUGGACAUGUGCCUGCCAGACCUCAAAGAGAUCAAGCGUGCUCUCAAGCUCUGGGUGAAAAAGACAGAAGCUAAAUCUGUUUAUAUCGCUACUGAUUCCGAGCCCUACACGACGGAAAUACAGCAGUUCUUCCAAGGAAAGAUCAAGGUGGUUAGCCUGCAGCCAGAAGUGCCUCAGAUUGAUUUGUAUGUUCUUGGCCAGUCCGAUCACUUUAUCGGGAACUGUGUCUCUUCGUUUACCGCCUUUGUGAAAAGAGAGCGCGACGUGCAUGGAAAACCCUCUUCGUUUUUUGGCAUGGACCACCCGCCAAGAUUACGGGAUGAAUUCUGACCAAAAGAGGAACAGGCUCCGUAGUUCUCAGGGCUCUGAGCUUGGUACCUUGCCGAGGGACCACUCGGUGCUAACGGCGUUCUCCUGCCUGCGGAGCACACUGCCAGGCUGCCGCAGACCCGCUUCAGCCCUGCGGUACUCCUCACAGUCGCUUCUAGACUGUUCUGUCUGACUUCUGCAUUUCCGGUGUGAGGUCAGACAGAAAAGAAAUUUUAAAUCGUGUAGUUUAUAGGAAACUAUAAACUAUAUAUAGUUUUUAAGAUUUUAAGGUGUAGUUUCUAUAGCUCUCCGUUCUCACUAUUUGGGGUUCGCCAGCAAUCGUGAUGAAGCAGCUCCUCAGAUUUCCUCUUCUCCAUUUUUUUUUUUUCCCGUUUAAGUUUAAAUUUUACCUGGAGAUGUUGUGAAGCUUCUUGUCCAAAACUGACCGUAAGUUCUUAUCUUUUUAAGUGCAAAGUAUUGUCGGGAGCGUCACGGUCCCUGGAAAGGGAGUGCAAGGUAAAACUCAGGACUGGAAAUCAGCUCUGGGUUUUACCGGGUACCGCUGUUGCCUUACUAGACUCGUGUCACCUCAGUGCCUCCGUUUCCAUUCCCCUGUCAAAAGAGAUUUCAUACCCGCUCCGCAGCGGUGCUGGGGGGCGCCUGGAUCUCUUCAGCGGUGCUAGAGCAGCGCAGCGGGGACAUGUUUUAAUGUGGCAGCUGCCUGUUCUGCCCGUCUCUGUGUGGAACUGGGGAGAAGGCGUUUGCAGGGACACAGAGGAGAGACCUUUCAUAGCCAGUCGAGAGUUGGAGACGUAGGGCUUGUAGCUUUGUAGCUGUCGAUGUCAGGUGGAGGUCUGCGGUAGCAACGAAACUGGUUUUGAGCUAAGACUUUUAAAGUAGCCGUAGUGGGGUUGGUGUACGUCGUACCUAGGUCUGUGUUAAUGGCUCCUGUUUUCUUGUUUGUUUUUGUACUUUGUCGAAGAACCCCUCUGACAGCAGAACCCUUGUCUGGGGGGGUAGUUCCCGGUGGAGGUAACGGUGGAAAGUGCUCGCUGACGGUGAAACGGCAGCCCCAAACCCCUUCGUUUGGCCCAGCGCAGUUUAGUGCUGGGAACACCGAUAAUCCCGACGUGGUGAGACUCAACUUGACCAACGCCUUUUGGUACUCCUGCGACUUUACUCAGUCUCUGGACAAAGAGAGAAAAUUGCAGAACUUACUAUUUGUUUUUUAAAAAUGCCACUUGGGGGAAGCCGUGGUACCGGCUCCGGCUGCCUCUAGCGCACUACUAUGGUCCAAAUGAUGCUGAGCGUUUACUGGGGUUUAGCUCUAAAUGUCUUUUUGGUGCUGGGUCUUUUUUUCCCUCCUUGGAAACGUUCCUGAGCUUUGACGGGGUUUGAAGGCUCAAGGGAGCGAGCAAAAGAGGGCUGAACGAGGAGGUGCCCCAAGGGCCGGGGCGGCAAAGGCUCGUCUCUUGUUUCCUCAGUGCUGGCUUCCAGAAAUCCGUGGGCUUGGGUGGUUCGAGGGCCUCCGGCCGCGCCCCGGCGCGGGCCCAGGGGAGCUGGGUGCCUGGAUUUCACCCCACUAUCCUGGAUGAUGCCGUCAGGGCCGCCUUGCCCCGCC